AUUCCGGCGGAGCACCGCACCCCACCGGGCUGCGAUGGCGUGUGAGCGGGAGCUCAUGAGCCGUGCGCGAUGUUCAAGGCACAGGUGGCGCUGGCAGUCCUCUCAGCAGGUCUUGACAUCUCCUUGGACCAGUAUGGCGCACGAGAAGGGCCCGAUGGGCUGGAGCAGACCAGUGCAGGGCUGCGCCGGGCCUUGGCUGACCUGUCUGCGGCGGGUGGUGGCUGGCUCACGGUUCCGCCUGGCACCUGGCAUGUGCAGCCGGUGAAUCUCACUAGCCACAUGGUCCUUUGGCUUGCCAAAGGAGCGACGCUGGUGGCUGACACCAGCAUGGCACGGCUGCCGGUGAUUCCUGCCUUGCCAUCCUGGGGUCCGCCCCUGGAUGAAGCUACGGUUCGAAGGGAGGGCGUGUUGAAAGCUCAAGCAGAUCUGCGAGACGCCCUGCCAAGGUAUCAGCCAUUGCUGUGGGGCAACAAGGUUCAGAACGUGACCAUCACCGGUGAGAACGGCACCCUCGAUGGUCGCCCAGCCGCGGUGGAAAGCGCUGGACUUUCUGCGUGACAGAAUCGAUGGAACGUCGCUGAGUAAACCAGUGAAGUGAC